CGGAUUUGGCACAAGCCCAUCAGUUGAACUGCCAUUAUUGGGGUUUCUGCUUAGUUCAACUAGGGUUUUUCUUUUUCCUACUUCGGUACUUCCUUCCUCAUUCUAUCUCGAUUUCUCCCUCUUUCUCCCCUAAAUGACGAAGUUCAGGAAGCUUAAUCGACCCACUGGUCAUCGCAUGUCCAUGCUCAGAACAAUGGUUUCCCAGUUGGUAAAGCACGAGCGCAUUGAAACUACUGUUGCCAAGGCAAAGGAGAUUCGGCGACUUGCUGAUAACAUGGUACAGCUUGGGAAAGAGGGUUCACUUUGUGCGGCAAGGCAUGCUGCUGCUUUUGUCCGAGGAGAUGAUGUCAUUCACAAGCUAUUUACAGAACUGGCAUAUCGAUACAAAGACAGGGCAGGUGGAUAUACAAGACUGCUUCGAACUCGCAUCCGAGUUGGUGAUGCUGCCCCAAUGGCCUAUAUAGAGUUCAUUGAUAGAGAAAAUGAGCUUAGACAGUCGAAGCCACCUACUCCUCAGCCACCACAAAGACCUUCUCUGGAUCCUUGGACAAGAUCCCGGCUUAGCAGGCAGUUUGCACCCCCUAAAGAGGAGAAAAGCUCUGAAUCUGAGAUAUGAAUCAGGAGCCCUUAUUCACAGUGGUUUGAUAGUGUUUUACAGAUACAACAGAUUAAAACAACUGGCAGAAAUCUGGCUUGCCAGUGUCAUCGGUUCAGCGUGGAUGGAAUAAGUUGUUCUUUUUGUUUUCUUAAUAUUAUUUGGGAUGAUUUUAGAAUGUUGUACAAAUUGAGUGCAUUUUUUGUUUUAAUAGGUUUUAAUAUAUGAUACUGCCCAGCUAUUGAACUUUUGACCCCCUUUUGUUGUGUUUUGAGGUUUGAGUUUUGUUUAGGGUGUGGAGUAGAGUCCAAAAGCGAGCGUAUGAAAUCUGGUUUGACUUUAACUGAGUUGUAUUUUUAUAGUUUUUAAAAAAAAAAUUAUUCGAGCUUGAUCAGGUUAGUUUAA